AUGCUCAGAAUAUUCUCAAAGUCAUUCCCAGCUAUUCAACGCGCUCCACGUACUCAAUUGGCUUCACGCUUUUACUCUGCUCAGCCACCUUCUGUUUACGGUCCAGGCGCUGAAUCUGGUACUGUGCCUACGGAUGAAGCCCAAGCAACUGGAAUUGAGAGAAUUGAAUUAUUGACCAAAGCUCAAGGCAAUGAAAUGUUCGAUAUGUCUCCUUUAGUGGUUGAUAGAAUGGGUACUAUGAAAGACCCAAUCAUGGUUCCUUCUCUCACUCCAAUUCGCAUUGUUGGCUCUACUGGAUUCCCCGCUGACUCGAAUGACACCGUCUGGCUCACCCUUGACAUCACUAAGAACGACGGUAUCGGCCGCUGUCCUGAAUCUGGCGUUGUCUACAAACUAGACUACCAAGGCGCUCCCCUUGACGAACUUCACCACUAA